AUGCCUUCUGGUAGAAAUCAGGAAUUUCAGCCUCAAGGGAUUCCCUCUGGGAUACCAUCAGCAUUUCCUACUCCUGCUACUACUGACUGGAUGAGGGAUAGAGCGCGUAUACCACUGUUGGCAAAGUCCGUCAAGGACAGGGUUACUUUAUACCAGGGCGGAGCAGAUCCCUGGGCUGCUCGUAGCUGGUUGAAGAAUUUGGAAAGCACUUUCGGAUACAUGAGUUGUUCAGAUGAAGAGAAAGUGGAAUUGGCUGCGUACUAUCUCCGGGAUCAGGCAGUCACAUGGUGGGAGAUGCAGAAGACAAUCUUUGGGGAACAGCGCAUCACAUGGGCGAUGUUCCGGGAUGCUUUUGAGCGGCAGUAUUUUCCAGCCACAUUCUGUUUAGCUCGAUGCCAGGAAUUCCUGAACCUCAAGCAGGGUGAUCGGUCGGUGAUGGAGUACAACGCUGAAUUCUGUAGAUUGGCUGAGUUUUUCCCUCAUUUGGUGGCACAGGAUUAUGACCGGAUGCAGCAGUUCACCCAGGGUUUAGCAGCAUAUAUUCGUCUCAGGAUGUCAGGAUUUCCAGGUAGCUCCUACCGAGAAGUUUUGGAUCGUCCACUGUUUAUCGAGAUGACCCAGCAGCAGGUAAAUCAGGAGAAAGGCCAUGAUAAACAGUCGUCACAGAAGAGAAGGAGUAAAGGUCAGAGUUCACAGGCUACCACGGGAGGAUCUUCUCGGCCGCAGAAGUCAGGACGGACAUCUAAUGGAACAUCUCGUCCUCCUCAACAUGGUUGGAAGAAAGAUAGAACGGGAUCCAGAUGUUACCAGUGUGGCUCUAAGAGCCAUACCAAAUUUCAUUGCCCCUUGGAUCAUCCCAUUUGUUAUUAUUGCAAACAACCAGGGCAUGAGAGUCGGGAUUGUACGUUGAAGGCACAAUUGGAGGCUACUAAGGGGGCAGGAACCAGCGACUACACAGUAUUCUGCUGCGACGUCUUCUCAUCAGGCCCUUCCAGUACAGCCAGAUUUUCAUCCACCUCAGCUUUAUCCAGCAUAUCAGCCUCAGACUCAGUAUCAGCAGCCGGUUCUCGCACCUACGAUGCCAGCGCAGCCCACUUCAGGGAUACCACAGCCGAGCUCAGAGAUUUGUUGAUAGAUACUGGUAGUUCCCAUUCAUUCAUAUCUCGGGUAUUUCUGGGUAAAAUCGGGAGAUUGCCUAGUCGUCGGACACACGGGCUGACAGUAUCUCUACCAUCUGGUGAGGUAUUAGAGAUGGUGGAAUUUGACAUUAUAUUGGGCAUGGAUUGGCUGGCCAUGAACCAUGCCACAGUUGACUGCAGAGUGAGAGUAGUCACAUUUCGACCUCCCGGUCUACCGUCGUGGACAUUCAUCGGAACCGAGGGUGAUGGGAUAUCAGUUAUAUCAGCAAUGCAAGCGAGGAGAUUACUGUCGCAGGGUUGUCAGGGAUAUUUGUUGUCCAUGGUUAAAGCUGAUACGGAUGCAUUACCAUGA